CGUAAUUACUAUUCUUUAAAACUUAUUUCGCGAAGACAAACUAUAUAAUAACAAAACUUAUUAAUAUAAAAUAACCUAUACAAAUGGCUGAGGAGGUGCGGAAAAGCGGUAACCAAGCAAUGACAGAUGACGAGAGACUUGCCUUGUGUCAGAAAUUGGACAAAGAACUUGACGAGUUCAUUGAUAGUUUGGAGAAGAAGAGGUAUACAGAAGGAUGGCCAGAGGACCGAUGGGAGGAGGAGAUGGAGAAGCAUCCUUUCUUCAUGAAGACAGCACCCGAUAAUGGUGAUAUGUCCCCACUAGCUGAAGGUCUAGCUAAAUUGAAGUAUGACCCUGAUGAGAACACUCCACUGGAGCUUGCAACCAAUUACAAAGAAGAUGGAAACUUCAAUUUCAAACACAAGAAUUAUAGGCUGGCUAUUAUAGGUUACACAGAAGGACUGAAAGUGAAAUGCAAUGAUCCAGAAAUUAAUGCCAGUUUGUAUAAUAAUAGAGGAGCAUCACAUUGGCACUUGAAAAACUAUAGGUCUUCACUAUAUGAUAGUGAGAAAGCCUUAUCAAUUAACCCAAAUCAUGUCAAAGCAAGAUUAAGAGCGGCAAAAUCAGCUUUAGAGAUUGCUAAGUAUGACUUAUGCAUAAAACAUUGCCAGGAAUAUUUAGCUAGUCAACCGAAAGACAAAGAAAUUAUAGACCUUAUGAAUGCAGCUAAAAAGAAAAAAAUAAUACAAGAAAGGGAUCAGAGAAAGAGAGAGAGGUUAGAAACAAAGAAUAGUGAACAAAAGGAUGCGGUAAUAAAAGUCAUAAUUGAAAGAGGUAUAAAGAUAUCAAAUUGUGAAGAUGAGGAUGACAUUGAGUUGUCAAAGUUGGAACCGACAUUGCCUGGUGCUCAAGAUGCCGUGGUCCACAUUGAAGAUGGUAUAUUAAAAUGGCCAGUGUUGUUCUUGUAUCCAGAAUAUCAAAUGACAGAUUUUAUCAAAGCUUGCCCUGAGAAUGUGCCGUUAAUCAAUCAGCUUGAACAGCUGUUUCCAGCGCCAUGGGACCAGGAAGAUAAAUACAGUUGUGAUAAGGUUAAUGUAUACUUUGAGGGUUAUGAUAAAAUGCCACAUAUAAUCAAACCAUCUAAGAAUUUAGGGGACAUAUUAGUAACUAAGUAUUUUGAGGUUAAAGCUGGAACACCUGCAUUUUUCAUAUUGCCUCGUGGCAGUAAUAUUGAGAGUAGGUUUUUGGAGAGUUUUCUUUAGUACAUAAUAUAUGUGUAGUUUGUUAAUAUUGUUUUAUAUUGAUCAAUUUUUAUUUAUUACAUAUGAUC